UUUCAUUCUGACCCAGCUUUGCAAAAUUGGUAACAGCGUGAAGUAUCUCAGGAUCAUUCUUUUCUGUUCAAUCCGCCAACUGAUAGGAGUGCCAUGGUGGUAGUGUCAAUGACUAUGUCACCCUGACGGUCGUCUUUAUCCAUCAAAUUAUAACAUUUCAGUCUGAGCACACAGCUAGCUGUAGUGAUUCGCUUACGACACCCGUGUAGCAAACUUUGCCAAGCUUUCACCAUGUCUGAGCCCAUGGAUAUUCCUGAAGACUCAAAGCAAGAUGUUGCAGAAGAAAUGCUGGAUGACUCUGAGGGUAACAUGGCUGCGGAUGGCUCUGAAGGGACAGAAAGUGCUCCGAAUGUCACAGAUAAAAUACCUGUGCCAGAUCCUCCGAAAGUUGAACUAUCUCAGGACGAGAUGCGUCGACGGCGCCUUGAAACGCUUGCUAACAAAUCUGUUGUGCAAGGGACUGCGCCAAAGGUUGUCAAGUUGGACGACAGCGAAGCAAGCUUCAAGUCUGCAUCAUCGUCUAUAGGCUCGUCAUCACUGCCAGUAUCAAGUGUACAGGCCAUUCCCAAGAGGAAAAAUGUCGCUGCAUCUCCAACCCAAUCCUCGCCUUCAUUCCGUUCACAGCAGGAAACUACAGUCCAACUGUUGUCACGGCUAUUCAGAGUUGAUGUUGGUGUUGCAUCACCUUCAGUCACACCGGAUGAAGCAGUGGUCCAGCUACCACGUGUAGCAUCCUUGCUGGAGGAGAGCUCCAUGUUCAGCAAUUCAAACGACAUGCUCUCUAUGGUAUUAUCUGAGCGACUCAGUCUUGUUCCAGGGACAUCCAAUGCUCUGUCCCCCAGAGAUGUGGUUACUGGCGUGAAAAAGCCGAGUCAACCAGUCUCCCAGGGUCAAGGAGCUGUAAGCCAAUCACCACCCAAAAAGUUCGUCGUCUUAGGAUCAUCUCUACCAUCACAAUCAAACCUCUCUUCGUCAUUACCAUCGUAUUCGCAAGGCAGCGUGUUGACGCAUAGUCCACGUGGUGCAGGUUGUGGUGGCCGGGCUGAGCGACUAGGGUACCUCAUUGACAGUUAUGAAGCCAUUAACUUAGAGUUCAAGGCAAAGGCAUCCACUGGGCCAGUUCGAAGUACAUUGGAAGACUGGAGGUCUAUUGUAGUGCGGUACUCUGUGCUGGUAUUACGUGGCCAUCUGGAUGAUGACAGUACUCACGUGAACGGUUUGAUGGAUUCUGUUCUUGUGCCUCAUCUUCUGGAGCGGUAUGGCGAGACGGGCCUUCCUGGCGGCUUUCUCAUAGAUCUGAUGAUGCAGGCGUCCACUUCUCAGGAGUGCUUCAAGGAUAUCUUCACUCCUGUACUCUGGGGCCUGGCAAGGCAAAUUCUUUUUCAAAUGGAUGACAUCAAGGUGGCGGUGGCUGUUCUGGCUGAUCUUGUUGAAGCACGAAUUCCUGCUACGGGACCAAAACUCUUCUGCUCAUUGUUUGGUGCUAUCAUGGGCCAUGCUGAGCAGCCUGCGCAUGCUGUGGAGCUCUUCACCACGCUACUACUUGGUCCAUUCCUACGCUACUCUACAUUUGGCCGAGACAAUCUGCAAUUGCGAGGGCGUAUCCUGGCCGCAUCGUCAUCUGUAACUUCAUGCAUAGCGGUGGAGCGAGUUGAGCUGUUGACUGUUCAGGAUAACUGUCACCGUGUUGUCAAGGCAUUGCUGUUGCAGAGUGACUGUAGGUCAGCUGUCAUGAAGUUCUUCCACUAUCUGGUCGACUGCUUCAGCUCGAAAGAGCGGAUGUUCAAGAAUCGCGCUCUCACCACGAUCAAGGUCGCGGCUCCUCUGGAUGAAGAGCACGGCGCCCUAGUCAACGCCCUCUAUGUAAUGCAGGAGAUGUCACGCAAGAUAAAGCUGGACAAGGUUGAUGGCACCUAUCUAUACAACCGUCGUCAUGUGCUGGUAGCAGACAAAGCUCGCACCAAGAUGGACAGUGAACAAGCACGUGCUUACGUAUCCAGUCUUCCAGCAGGAAGUGACAAUCCACCAAGCUUCAACACGGAGUGUUUCUUUGUAACAGCAUUCCUUCAGCACCUCACUGUUCCCGCAGUACAGCACGAACUUGAAUCCCUUAAUCGACAGGAGCGCUAUCUCGAACACCUGAUCCGGCGAGCACAACAUGACAGUAAUCAACGGGAGCAUGAUGAAUUCAGCUCAAUCUUGACGGUGACGAAAAGUGAACAAUCCUCCGUCAGCAUCGUACAUGACGAUCCCAAAUUUGUCUCAAACAAUUUUGAGUUCUAUUCCUUGUUGGCUGAAUGGAUUGUCAGUCUAGUUUCGAAACAGUGUACAUUGCCACUCAGUUCUGAAGUACCACCUGUGUUUGCAGCUCUUCCUGAUUACUUUGUUCAGGACAUUCUUGAUUUCCUCACGUGUCUACUAAGCCGGCAUCCAAGUGAAAGACAGCAGCUCAGCUUUCCCAAGGAACAGUGGGACAAGCUUGUUGCGUUCUUGCUCAUCUUCUGCUGCUCUCCUGCGUACUUUUCCAACCCGAACAUCAUGGAGCGCUUCUUCCAGAUCGUUUAUAUUGCAUUUACUGGCCAUAGGCAUGUGAACACGUUGCAGGACAACUUGGCCCUGCAUCCACUGUCUGCUCCCAACCUCGUUCCCAGUGUUGUUCGCUUCUACAACGAUGUUGGUCUGCUGGAUGAUCCUGGAACACAGUUUACCUCCAGAUUCCGCAUGUCACUGGUCCUGGUCAAGCUGGAAUCCUAUCCUCAACAUAUGGAGGCGAUGCGUGACUUGGCUAAGCAAACUAGUAUUGACUCGCCAUUUGUGCGCUUCAUGAACGCCAUGAUCAAUGACACAACACACGUUCUUGAUGAAUCACUGACACUGCUUCAAUCUAUUCAUGAAAUCGAAGUGGAGAAAGCCAAUGCUGUCACAUGGACGAAGCUCGGACAGGAUGGUCAGCGUCGAAAAUUGCAGAAGCUAUCUCAGUAUGAAGAGCGAUGUCGUCUUUUCUUUAACCUCACUAAGGGAACACUAGAUCUUCUCCACUACCUCAGCAGAAUUGUUCCAUCGGCAUUCAUGAGAGCUGAGCUGACUGCACCACUUGCUUCAAUGAUGAACUUCACGCUUCAGCAGCUGUGUGGAUCGAACAGUGGGAAACUAUCAGUCACCAAUCCGGAGAAGUACUAUUUUUUCCCGGACCAAAUGCUCUCUCUGCUCACUGAUGUCUAUUUGCACCUGGAGAGCAAAGAAUUCAUGGAGGCCGUUGCCAAGGACGAUCGUUCUUAUGACCCUCUACUGUUUGGAGUCUGUGCUAGAAAUCUUUUUUCAAGAGGUACAAAGACAGAGGAGCAAGUGCAGAAGUUCAGUACAUUUGGCGACCGCGUUCAUGAGCUGUACAUUCGCAAUGUCAACAUGGAGCAGUUAACAGCUGAUGCUCCAUCUGAUUUCAGAGAUCCUAUUAUGGAUACACUGAUGGAGGACCCUGUCAUCUUACCGAGUGGCCUAAGAGUGGACCGUGGUGUCAUAUCGCGUCAUUUACUCAAUGAGUCAACUGACCCGUUCAAUCGUCAACCACUGACUCUGGAUAAGCUUGUGCCUGACGUUGAUCUGAAGAGGCGAAUUGACGCCUGGGUUACAGAGAAGUUGGCCACUAAGAAGGAAUAAACACAACGUUGGUACUACUGUAGUCUUGGCAUGUUGCCUAAUCUACCUUUGUCUGUCUCUGUCAAGUGUCUGGACAGUUCAGCGCUACUGCUAGUGAUCUUUUGCUCUAUCCUGGUGCAGUAGAAUAGCUGUUUGAACCCUGCUCUUCCUGCCAAUGAUGACGGUGGUAUCAACAAUGUAUGUCACUGUGGGCUGGCCUGUCAUGACUGCUGGAAUAUUCCCCUCCCCCCCCCCCCCCUCUCUCUCCUGUAUAUUAUUGAAUAUCUACACCCCCCCCCCACCCUGUAUUAUAGCUGUGUGUUCCAUUGUUGUAUUUAUUUUUUUGUCUGCAAUUCAUCUCUGUACAUUUUAUGUUUUAUAUGUUCUAUUCUCUAGGUUGUCUUGUGGCUCUUGCCUGUGUCUUGCUCUUCCUCCUAGCAUGGGGGAUAGCAUGCCAAUCCUACCUGCUAGUACUUGUUUAUUUUAUACAGAACCUAACCCUUACAGCAUGUGUGUCAGAGUGACCCACACACUUGCACACGCGGAGUAACACACACACACACACACACACACACACACACACACACACACACACACACACACACACACACACGGAGUAACACACACACACACACACACACACACACACACACACACACACACACACACACACACGGACGGACACACACACACACACACACACACACACGUGCUCACAGAGACCACGUAUACUGUGUAAAUGCCCUUCUUGCGGCUUGACGUUUCCAUAUUUGCCUGCUACAUUCAUAGCUUCCCUUUAUUCACACAACCAAAAAACGUAGAUGCUCACAUGUUUUUUUUACUCAGAAAGAACUCAUCUGAACGUAUUGUCGACAUGUCAGGUCUCGAUUCAACUACUUGCUGGACUAAAAAACGCUGUACAUAUAUGUAGCUAUAGGGUAUCACACAAGCCCUUCCCCUCUCUCUCACCUCAUGUACAUGUACAUACUCUACCGUGCAUUAUUGUAAUUGUGCUGAUCUGUGUGUUGUUUUUUUGCCCGGAGCAUCGCUGAAGAGUGCGCGCACCCACUGUUUACACAAUCAUGUACUUAUCUCCCAUGUCAAGACUGACUACAUACAGUCCAUGGUUGAUAUCCACAAGAAUUAAUUUGCAUUCUUUCAAUCUUUGGUUAAAAUUAAAAGAAGUUCACGGUUCGCGUGAGACUCGGCUGGAAGCCCAGUUUCCAGUAAAAAAAUAAAAAUAAAAUUAAGCCACGUGUA